CUGACCAGUGGUUGCAUUUGUUGCAGAAGUUUUGGCUGCCACGUAAAGGAUUUUUUGAGAAGUUUGUAGUGUAUGCUCUGUAAUUUAUGGAAGUAUUUAAAUAAUCUCGAGGACGUUAGCGCUUUCUAUAAAAAUGAUACUCUUAUCUUUUUGUUCGAUAUUGUCCUCAAUGUUAGUUUUUGUAUUUGGAGGAAAACUGCCCGAACCCGACGUGAAAAUUGAGGUGAUACACAAACCUUUUCUGUGCCACCGUAGGACAAAAUAUGGAGACAUGCUUCUUGUGCAUUACGAUGGAUUUCUGGAGAGUAAUGGCACCAUGUUUCAUUCCAGCCGUCAAGAUGGAGAUAAAAAUCCUGUUUGGUUCACUCUUGGGAUCCGAGAGGUCCUCAAGGGUUGGGAUAAGGGUUUGCAGAACAUGUGCACAGGAGAGCGCAGGAAGCUGACCGUCCCUCCAUCAUUGGCGUAUGGCAAGGAAGGAAAAGGUAAAAUUCCUCCAGGCAGUACCCUAAUAUUCGACAUUGAGCUCAUGGAGAUCCGAAAUGGUCCUAGAUCACACGAGUCUUUCCGGGAUAUGGAUCUCAAUGAUGACUGGAAGCUGUCCAAACAAGAGGUGAAAGAAUACAUAAAGAAGGAGUUUGAGAAGCAUGGCUACUCACCUAAUGACACACAUCAUGAAGCAAUGGUGGAUGACAUCUUCAAAAAUGAGGAUGAAGAUGAGGAUGGUUUUAUAUCUGCCAGAGAAUUCACCUACCAACAUGAUGAGCUGUAAAGGACUGAUUUUUGUUUACAAGUGUUUUUUAUUUUGUGAAUAUUACUUUUUAAUGCAAUGUGAACGUGUUGGUCAUAUUUGUCAUUCCUUUGGUUAAAAUUGAAAACAUUUUGACAGCGUUUUCCUUUUUUUUAAAUUACAUUCAUGAUGUAUUUUUAUUAUUGUCACACAUGCACUGAUAAUGUUACUAUUGAUAAGGCAACAGUAAGGUAUGUUGGAAAUAAACUGCUUUACAAUAA